CUUCUUUCUCUCUCAUUUUAUUUUCCUUUUAAUUUUUUUCAAAUUAAUUUUUAUUUUUCUCUCAGCUUUAAAACAAAUUUAACAGAGAAAAAAGGACUACUUACAAAGAUCACAAACCCUAGAAAUUGUUCUGAAAAUCUUUAUAUAUUUUGAUCGGGUUUGCUGAUCAAAUUUGUAGUCUCUUUUAAACAAUAUUAUUAAUUAUUAUUAUUAUACAUUUUUCCUCUUGUUUAUCUCCACAAGUUUCUCUGCAGAAAAAGGAAGAACGGUGUCAGUCUUUGAUCUGUUUUGGUGUGUGUUCUGAAUCCAUACACAAUAAAAUUGGAACGAAGGGAGACUGAUUUGCCAGUAUACAAUAUUUUGUUCAUGAUGGCCACUGCUGCUACUUGUGCACUCUUCCCUGCUGCUAAUCCACCUCCUGACUCUGGAGCAAAAUCGUCUGGAAAUUUAGGAGGAAGUCUUCCAGGAAGUAUAGAUACACGGGGGCUUAAUGUUAAGAAGCCUGGUUUUGGGAGCCUACAAGCUAAGGCCAAUGCUCAAGCUCCACCUAAGGUGAAUGGAACAAAGGUUGGCGUUAUGGAUGGCUUCAAAAAUGAUGAUGAGGUGAUUUCUUCACAUCAUCCUAGGACCUUUAUCAACCAGUUACCUGAUUGGAGUAUGCUCCUUGCCGCCAUCACAACAAUUUUUUUAGCUGCUGAGAAGCAAUGGAUGAUGCUUGAUUGGAAGCCUAAGCGUCCUGAUAUGCUCGCUGAUCCAUUCGGAUUAGGAAAAAUUGUGCAGGAUGGCUUAGUAUUCCGUCAAAAUUUUAGCAUCAGGUCCUAUGAAAUAGGGGCUGAUAGGACUGCGUCUAUAGAAACAAUGAUGAAUCAUUUACAGGAAACUGCUCUUAACCAUGUCAAGAGUGCGGGACUCAUGCAUGGUGGGUUUGGAUCAACUCCGGAAAUGUCCAAGAGAAAUUUGAUCUGGGUCGUUACUAAAAUGCAGGUUGUGGUGGACCGUUAUCCAACUUGGGGUGAUGUUGUUCAAGUAGACACUUGGGUAGCUGCAUCGGGGAAAAAUGGUAUGCGGAGAGAUUGGCUCCUCCGCGAUAGUAAUACAGGGGAUGUGUUGAUGAGAGCUUCCAGCCAAUGGGUGAUGAUGAAUAAGGAGACGAGAAGAUUAUCUAAAAUACCAGAUGAGGCUCGGGCUGAAAUUGAAGGUUUUUUUGUUGAUUCACCUCCUGUUAUUGGUGAGGACAGCAGGAAGUUACCAAAACUUGACGAGACAACAGCAGACUACACUCGAACUGGUUUAACUCCAAGAUGGAGUGAUUUGGAUGUUAACCAGCAUGUUAAUAAUGUCAAGUACAUUGGCUGGAUUCUUGAGAGUGCACCCAUGCAAAUACUAGAGGGUUGUGAGCUUGCUGCCAUGACAUUGGAGUACCGUAGGGAGUGCAGAAGGGACAGUGUGCUGCAGUCUCUGACCUCUGUACUCGACAAGGGAGUCGACGACUUAGCCGACUUUGGGAACGUCGAGUGUCAACAUGUCCUUCGGCUUGAAAAUGGUGGAGAGGUUGUUAAGGGACGGACUGAAUGGAGGCCGAAACUUGUCAAUGGAAUUGGGAGCCUGGGCGGAUUCCCAGCAGAGAGCGCGUAGUAAGUUUCAUUACUUCCAAGUUCUGUCGACUUGAAGUAGUGUCAAACUGUCAACUCUCAAUAUAUCACAAUCCUUUGUGAAUCCUCCUACUUGUGCUCUUUUGAUCUUUAUAUAUUCCCUCUCUCUAUAUCUAUAUCUAUAUCUAUAUCAAUAUAUAUAUAUAUGUGUCCUCCUUAUCCCUUCCCCAUUUUAUUCUUUUUUUUGUCCCCUUAGAUAUUAUUAGUGAAAUUAUCAGUGAUUGUAAGUAUAGUCCUUGUGUCUAAUGUCUUUAUUUUAUUUAGCAUUAUUCCCUAUACUCCAAAAACUUUCUUAUCUUUUGUCCCCUCCUUUACCUCGCUGGCAAUUAAAUUUGGCCUAGUAAUGGCAUUGCUGAACUGGACAGCAAAUGGAACAUUUUUUUAUAUGUGGCAAUUCUUUUUAUCUGUAAUGCAUUAUAUUUGUUCUCA